AUGGUCAAAAAAGUUGCGAAAAAAGCAUUAAAAAAUCAACAACCGCCAAAAGCAGCGAACAAAAGACCUUUAUCUGCUUAUAUGCUUUUCGCUCAAGCCAGAAAAGACACAUACCGUUCCACAUCUUCUAAUCUUAGCUCCUCAGAAAUCGCCAAAAAAAUCGGAAAUGAAUGGAAACAGCUAGAUGAGUCACAAAGAGCAGAAUGGCAAGCAAGAGCUGCAUCCUCAAACGACCCUUCAACAACUGAAAAUUCCAUUCCAAUCCUCAGAGAAGAGCCUGCAUGGUCAAGCAUAUGUCGCAACCUUACACCCCCACCCCCUAAAAAAAUGGUACCCCCACCCCCCCUUUUCUUAGAUGGCCCCCACCCCCCCCUAAUAUAGCAUAAAUAUAUGACAAAUGCCAAUUUAGAGCAGACCUAAUAAAUAAAUUAUUAUUUUAAAUAUUCAGAAUUACUGAUUUAUACAAUAUCGUUAUUUCAGAUUUUUGAACUUUACCACCUAAAUGUGAAAUCAAAAAGGGCUUCACAUGUGGAAUCCUUUUUUCACACACGGAAAGAUUCCACACUUAGAUGGUAAAGUUCAAAAAUCUGCAAAUAAACAAUAUCCAUAUAGCGUAGCACAAUCGAUUAAGGAGUAGGUGGAACGAGGUGAGAAUUUCCUAUAACUACUAAGCACACCACAUAUGAAAAAAUUUUUUAACAAGCAUAAUAAUGAUCUUUGAUAUUAAUUAGCAAUAUAUCCUGCAUAUAUUUAUGAACUUUGUGGAACAAUGGCUAAAAGUCGAAUUAGAGAUCCAAAAGUAAAACUGACAAUAGCAAAUACUAUUUUUAUUAGCACUAUUGAAUCCUGUUACCAAUUCAGUCCUGCAAUCCUUGUACAAUGGCCAUCAGAUUAGCUUUGAUUUAUGAGUUAAUAAAUUUAAUGCAAGUUAUUGUAUUGUGCUAAUUUAAUAAUUAAUGCAUUAUCUAUAUCAUUAGCAUUAUAUUUAUAAAUAUAAAAAACAAACUUAAUUUAUUUCUAAUUAAUUGCUAAUUAAUUUAAAUUUAUUAAUUAAUCAUAAAUAUAAAGUAAUUUGUGGACUUAAUUUAUCAAUAUAGUGUUUUAAUUUGGUUAUAUUUAAUUUAUUCUGCUUGCUUCCUAUCAAUUACUUCUAUAUAGAAUAAACCCGAGAGGGGGGGUGGGGGUGCCAUCAGUAAAAAGGGGGGGUGGGGGUACCAUUUUUAGGGAGGGUGUGGGUGUCUGGUUGCUACCUAUGUAUGACCAGCCUGCACAAUCAAGCGGCCUUAAAACUGAAUUGCCGCUGUCCUUUUAUCAGCAAGAUACUGUAACAGUAGCCAGAGAGCUUAUAGGAAAAGUCAUGGAGCAUACUUCUGAGCAUGGUACCAUUGCAACAAUCAUAAAUGAAGCAGAAGCCUAUACCCAAGACGAAGCAUCUUGUCAUGCGUUCAAAGGGAAAUCAGAAAGAAAUAAAGCUAUGUUUGCUGAGCCUGGCACUAUUUAUUUAUAUUAUGUGUAUGGCCAAAAUAUAUGCAUUAAUUUUAAAACUGAGUACGCUGGGAGAGGCUGUGCUGUUCUUAUAAGAGGGUGCUUACCUUUGAGAGGAGAUGGUCUUUUGCUAGGAGGAGAAGGAGUUAAAAAUAAGAAAAAAAUGCUGAAUGGACCAGCAAAACUUGUGAAAAGCAUGAGGAUACCGAUGGCAUAUUACGGAAAGUCUGUUUUGGAUAAUGACUGUCCUAUAAAGAUUUAUGAUGAAGGAUAUAGGCCAAUUGACCUGCAAACUACUCCAAGAAUUGGAAUAUCUCAAGCAAAAGAGUUGCCGUGGAGAUUCUUAUGUAAAGACGUUCAAAAAGAAGACCUUAAUUAA